AUGGAAUCUAAUGUUGGAUCGAGUAAUGAAUCGGUAAUGACUAGACAAUUAACAUUUUAAAGAUAAUGAGUAUAACAUUUUAUAGAUCAAAUUGGAGAAAAAAGAAGAAGAAAAGGAAAAUAUUGAGAAAACGGGUGAAGAAUUGAUUCCUGGAACUGGAAAUAUGACACUUCUAGAUGUUCGGAUGAUCAUGGAAAAAAUCAAAAAAGUUGCGGAUCGAAUUGAUUGUACUUUUGUGAAGAUGAAUGGUGUCAUAGAAGAACGUGAACGUGCGGAACUUCAAUGUCGUACGAUUUUUGAAACAAUUGAUUCUGAAGAAGAAUCGAAUCCGGUUAGUUGAUUUUUUUCCAAUUCAUUCAGUUUUUUUUGUAUUAAAAUUCAUCAUGGUUUUUUGACCCCCACAUUCAAAUCACACUAGUUAACUCAAUUUUGAACAUGAGUGGAGUUUUUUCCAAACCGAUUGAAGUGUAGGGAUCCUAAACAAUGAAUUAGUGAACUAGACUCUGAAAUUUCUGUCUAUUGUUGUUCCUUAUAUGGGUAUCUCUUGAAAUGACACACAAAAAACAGUUGUAUGAUAGUCUAGAAAUAAAUUAUCACAGAUUCUUCCGCUCAUUCGACAAGGUAUCCACUCGGCGUGGAAAAUUUGCCGAGUCAAAAAAAUCACACGCAAUGCCAAUCGAAAUAAAAAAUUCUCGGCGAAAUAUUGGUGGCUCGCAAAUAUCUAUUCAGCCAAGGUACAGUUAUAGUAUGAAGGGAGGGGCGAGAGGAGAAACAAAAUUUGUAUCAAAAUUUGAAAUUUGCCAAGAUUUAGAAAUUUCUUGGACUCGUUUUUAUGUUAGAUUUUUUUUUUGAAACAUUAUUAAUUUCUCGGCUUAGCCCCAAUAUCUUUUUAUUUAAAAUUGUCCAAUAGUUUUUUUUCAGGAAUACAUUAUGAGAGGAACCGCAAACAACUUUUUUUAA